AUGGCAUUUUAUGCAAUUGAAGAAAAGCUGAAAGAGCAAGGUCGAAGUUGCAGUGAUUUUGGUAUACCAUCACCAACAUCUGUUCCUUAUUCAUUUGAACGAAAAAUUAUCAAUAAGGAAGAAGAACUUCAAAUAGCUCAAGAAAUGUAUGCAAUGUUGAAUCAAGAUCAGCGUUUAGCAGCAGAUGAAAUUCUUGCAGCUCAUCGUAAACAAUCAACCACCGUUGACUUAUAUUUCUUCAUAGAUGGACCUGGAGGUACAGGAAAAUCCUACCUUUAUAACACCCUAUAUCACUUAUUCAUGGGUCAAGGUGUCUACGUUAUGCCAGUUAUAUGGACAGGAAUUGCUGGAAGUUUACUACUUCAAUGA